AAGAAGAAAACUAUUUUAAAAUACAACUUCAAAAAGCUUUGCCUGAGAACACAGUAAACAUGUGGAACACUGUGCUUUAGUCAGGUUAAACAAAGAUUAAACUCUUUGAUUUACAUGCAGAUUUCUGUAGGUGUUAGGAAACUAGCACUGCGCAUCACCCUGAACACAUGAUUCUGACCGGGUAAGUUGGUAAAUCACGAUGCUGAUGCUUUAAGGACAGGGAAGUUGGUCAGAGUUUGUAUGAAGAUGGACAGAGAUUCUUAUAAUCUAUAAGAUUCUUAUAAAUUCUUAUUCUAAAAGAAAACUUACUAUAGGCUGAAACGGAAGCAGGGAAUUGACUCUAAAGAUACAGUCUGAGCCAUAAUUGAAUUGUUUAAUUCAAAGAAAAUGCAUAUAUUUGAAGAACUAGUCAAAGUCCAUCGAUAGGUUCAACUGACAAUCUGUUUCCAGGCUUGUAAAGUGACAGUCGCAACUUUCUCUGUUCAACCUGACUGAGCUUCAACUAUUUUGCAAAGAAGAAUGGACAAAAAAAAAAAUCCCUGUAGAUUUGCAGAGAUGGGCGUGCUGAGGUGGCGUAGGGGAUAGCGUGACCCACGUUUGGAGGCCUUGAGUCUUCAACACAGCCAUCACAGGUUCGAUUCCCGGACCCGGCGACAUUUGCCGCAUGUCUUUCCCCCUCUCCUGUCAGCCUACCUUCAAAUAAGGGACACUAGAGGCCACAAAAAGACACCCUGGAGGGGUAAAGAGAAAGAUUUGCAAAGCUGAGUGACAGACCUUCAAAAUACUCACAGCUGUAAAAUCAAAAUAGUACAAAGUAUAACCACAAGGGGCUUAAAGCUGCAUUUUUCUGAUCUUAUUUCCAAAAAAUUAUUGAAAAAGAUUACUUUUCCUCUCUUUCUCUAUCACUAAGACUUUGUGUCGGUCUGUCACAUAAAAUCUCGGUCAAAUACAUGACAGCUGGAGAAAGUAACGUGAUAAAAUGUGUAAAUGUUCAAUGGGUAUAAAUACUCAAGGCAUCAAAACUAAAGCCACAUAAUUGAAGGUGUAAAAAAAUAAAAAAAGAUCUAGUACAGCAUGAAUCCUUCAUUGCUCCAGUUUUGAAGGUAAAAGAGUUUUAGAAUAAAAUUUUUUGGGACAAACUAAAACUGAGCAGUUGGGAUACAUUCAGAAAUUAUGGCAUUAUUAAAAAAAAAAAACCAUACAGAAUGGAUGUUUAUGUUGAGUUUGACAAACUUCAUAAACAUAUUUUAGGAAGUUAGAAACCUUUUAUGUGUAAUCUUUGUAAGGAAACCUUCAAGUAAUUGAACAAUGAGUGCCAUCCUAUGCCUGCAUGGAUCCUUGUGAUGAACUUAUUCUUCAUGGUUAGGACUGCCAAAUAAUCCAGUCAGUAGAUGUGAGAAACCAGCGAUGGAGCACUGAUUGGCUGCAUGUUAGGCCUGACAGGCCAAACCAGAAGAGCACAAAUCCGAUCUUGGCAUCUGAUUAAAGGAAACUGGACAAACAGCAGACUGCUCAGUGAUCCUCCCUCCUUCACAUCGAAAAUUUGCUUUUACUGAUCAUGUAUAACAAAACAAGGUCAACGCACAAGUCAAGAUGAACCCUUAUGACAUUUCUCACUUGAGGAGGGAUUUAUUCCCCCAUUUUUAUUUGUUAUAAACUUGUAUUUUUCUGCAUUUGCACAAAUAUCAAAGCUACCGCUCUCUGUUGUUUUGUAUUUUUAGUGGUGUGACUUUUGGUUCUGGGGUCAUUUAUUGUCACAUAAACAGGUUAAGCAAGGUAAUUCAACAAGCACAUUUUUAUUUGGACGGUGUAUUUGCAUAACAGUUUUAAUUUAAUCUUAAUGAUUCAUUUAAAAAAAUUUGUUACAUUGCAUUUUAUUUUAUUAUGAUUAUCUUGUUCUCAUACAACCAUUUCUGCUGUCUUUGUCCAACAACGAGGAUUUAAGACAUCUAAAUCCAGAGAAAUGUUUUCCCUUCAUGGCAGCCUAUUUUUUGUCUGUCUUCUACUACUGCCAGCUUUCUCACCUGCACUCAAAUGCUGAGAACUUUAAGAAGGUGAUCUGUGUACUUACCUUUGCUUUACAUUUGAAUUAAUCACUUAGAAACUUAAAAGUAUUGGUUUCUCUUGAGAUAGAUUAUAGUAAUCUUUCCUUGUUGUUUUCUUCCCCACUUUUGUCAGGUGUUAAGUGAUUUCCCAAUCAUAAUGCAGUUUUGUAAUGAGGUACGUCCGUUCUGAGGUGUUGUCUCCUCCCGGUGACAGUUAGAAGUAGAAAUCUAAACAUUAAUAUUUGCAGUAAAACAGUCAGGACAUUAAACAAGUUCACAAUGUCCACCAAACAGAUCUGUAGUCUUUUAGAAAGUAAAUGUGAAAUAGUGAAAGCUGUGACAUGAUCAAAUAAGAAAUGAUGACCAAUAUAUAACAUUCAGUUGGGCUUUUACAGCAAAAGUGACCUUCAAACUUAUCAAUUUAUUAAAAUAGUUCAAGUGAGCUACACAUUUAAUUUUUAUGGUUUGUAUUUACUUUUUUGUGAUGACAUGUCUAGUCUAAAACAGGACUUUCAUUCUACUGUGUCUUUUUUACCUCAUGCUAAUUCCAAGUGGAUGUAAACCUGGAAAUAUCUUUCAAUGUAAGACUUUGCAUGUUUUCUUUGUUCUAUUUUUCUGCAUGUUAUUUUCUGGAAUAGUUUGCUCAAACAGAAGUCAAAUAGGUUUUGUUUUGCACUUAUUUGCAUUGUUAUGAAAUGUAUGCCAUCAUGAUCUUAGUGAUCUUAAAAUGCUUCUAUUUACAUUACCCAAAUGCAAUGCAGCUUCAGUUUAUAUUCUUCAUCAAAUGAUCCCUGCUCAAAACCUCUAUACCUUCUUCUUAUUGGUUUAAACUGAACGUAACCGGCCCUGCAUGCUCUUGUGUCGCAUGCUGAGGUCAGUUCUCCCCUGAAACACCCGGAAUGAACUUUCGCAUGAGCGCAAUCGCAAAAUAGGGACUCCUUGGUUUGCUUUUGUCAACCUUCAUUUCAGAUUACCUGAUUUUAUUUACUUCAAAUGUUGAGUCUACCAAUGAAUAUAAUUGCAUAAGACCCCACUUUUUCUGAACAACUGAACAAUUACAUGCUUUGGAGAACCAAACAACUGGUUGAUGAUGAAACAAAUGCCUGUUUGGAUUGGUGGUCGUUGCUUGGACCGCAAAGAUCUCAUUUUUUAAGAAAGACUGGAGGACUUUGAGGGUAAAACUCCUUAAUUAAUCUACUGACUAUUCCAAGUCACACUGAGAUAUAUAGAGAUUUUACUUCAGAUGAUGGGAGCGGCACGUGUCAAACGUCGCUUCAGUGCUGUGGUGGAUGGGCCAGUGGAGGAGGAGGAGGUCAUGAGGCUAGCACAAAGUGCAAGGCCAGGAGAGAGUCCAACCGGGUCAGGAAGCCCAAACAGCUCCUCUCCAAUCCAUGCCCUCAAUGGCAAAGCUCUACCUCUUCAGCGCAACACGAACAAUGCACAGACACAGAGUGCUGUCGGUGAGCCAGCUGGUGAAGAUGCGGGAGGAGAAAGCAGAGUGAGAGCAGGAGGAAUGUGCCCAGGUCCAAGGAAUACCAAAGGCGGUAGGGAAGGUGGGAGAGGGGAAAGAUGUUCUUCAGCAGACCAGGAUUCCCUCUCUUCCCCCUCCACUACCAGCCGGCGACGCACCAAGCGCUCAAACCGCCGGCCCCGACAACGCUUUGUGGGCAAGGACGGACGCUGCAACGUCACCUUCGUCAACAUGAGCGAGAGGGGCCAGCGGUAUCUCACCGACCUUUUUACCACGUGUGUGGAUGUACGAUGGCGCUGGAUGCUGGUCAUCUUCACGCUCUCCUUUAUUCUUUCCUGGCUUCUCUUUGGCUUUGCCUUCUGGCUCAUUGCCUCUGCACACGGUGACCUCUCCAUUCAGAUUACCCCCAGUUCCGGGUCUUCUCCUGGAUCAGGAGAAUCCGGCUCCGGAGGAGAGUCUGAUAGAGAUACAGUGGUAGAGGAGCCAUGCUUCCUUCAAGUAAACAGCUUCAUGGCAGCCUUCCUGUUCUCCUUGGAGACUCAGACAUCCAUCGGUUACGGAUUCAGAAGCGUGACCGAAGAAUGUCCCCUGGCGGUGUUGGCGGUCGUUUUGCAGUGCAUCGUGGGCUGCAUUAUUGACGCCUUCAUCAUUGGGGCAGUCAUGGCGAAGAUUUCCAAGCCCAAGAAGCGCAACGAGACUCUGGUGUUCUCUGAUACUGCCGUGGUGGCCCUGAGAGACGGAAAACUGUGCAUGAUGUGGAGGGUGGGAAAUCUACGGAAGAGCCACCUGGUUGAGGCGCAUGUCAGAGCACAACUACUGAAGUCAAGGGUGACACCAGAGGGGGAGUAUCUGCCACUCGACAACGCAGACAUCAACGUGGGUUUUGAUACUGGCACCGAUCGCAUCUUUUUGGUCUCUCCUGUGACUAUAGUGCACGAAAUCAAUGAAGAGUCACCUUUUUUCGAGAUAGACAAAAAAACCUUGAAGAAUGACUCUGAAUUGGAGGUGGUGGUCAUACUUGAGGGGAUGGUGGAGGCCACAUCGAUGACAACGCAGUGCCGCAGCUCCUAUCUGACUUCUGAAAUCCUCUGGGGACACCGUUUCGAACCUGUACUGUUCGAGAGGAAAAACGGCUACCAGGUCGACUAUUCAUUUUUCCACCGCACCUAUGAAAUCCCAAACACUCCGUCAUGCAGUGCAAAAGAGCUGGCCGAGCAGAGGUACAUCGGAAGCUCAUGCUCGUCCUUUUGUUACGAGAAUGAAGUGGCCCUGGAGCUCGCCUCCCCAGAUGAAGAAGCAGAUCAAGAACAUGGUUGUUCCCCCAAACCCACCCGAAGACCAUCCUUGGAAGAAGAUCUUCACUGUAACUAAGCAUAGAGGGUAGCAGUGUGCUAAACAGAGAAUAAGUCCAGCUUCAGGGGAUAAAAGACAGAGUCAAGCAAGUUUAUUUGGGCAGACCAAGCGAGAAGUGAAAAUUAACUAUUUAAGCAUUGCCAGAUUUGUUAGAUUUACGUUGGAACCCAGUGUUAAACACGAGAGAGAGGAAAAAGUUAGAGAAUGAGUUUGAUCACAGCUCUGACCUAGUUGCCUGAUUGGGCCUGGCUGUCUUUCAGAAUCACUGAAAACUUGUGUAAGUCUCACAACUGGCCCAUCACUUCCACAGCACAGUCAUCUGACUCUAAUCCCUAAUCAGAAGGAUGUGCAGCAGCUCCACCUGCUGGCUACAACUCGCCACUGGCUCUCGAUGAUUCUGAACUGGAAAAAAUUGCUUCUCUUUCAGCUGCUGUUGUGACAUAAGUUUGUUGUUACUCAGGAAUGCAUUUUCAAAACUAUGCUGACUUAUCACUUCAGUGUUUUACUUUCCAAUGGUAAGUAUAGUUAGUGUCCUUUCUGUCACGCUGGAGAACGGGUACUUUGGUAUUUGAACAGAAAUCGUCAUUGCAGAACAAAAGUGACAAGGAGAAACUGUUGGAAUCCAGCAGCAGUUUUCAACAGAUUCUCCUUGCUGAGUGUAGUGCAUGCUUUCUUCUUUUUGUUUUGUUUUUUGUGGGAUUUUUUGACUUGCUAUAAUGUUACUGACUUAUUUAAUACAUUUUGAGUUGAAAUUACUUAUUUGUUUUCAGGAGAGUCUAUGGUAAGGUGUUGAAGCACAGUCGGAUGGAUGAUAUUGACUGUGUCCAGAUGAUCUGUUAAUCUUGCAUUUUUCUUGCUCUAAUAUCUUCUGAAUCCUGAUAUGUGUUAUGUCAACAAGAACAUCUUUUUGUUGUGAUUCUCUGUCAUUUUUGGAAAAUGUGCUAACUGAGCGAAGGUGUCUUAAAUUGUGAAGCGUUUCAGUCACUGCUGCUGGUUCUGAAUUUGACACAAAAGGACUUCAACCUCAGAAAAUCGUGACUCAGUUGACUGGAGUGGGACAGAUUUUAUGAUGAUGGCAAGAUUUUGGUGUCUUGCUAAUUCUGCAUCUGUAAAAACUAUCUUUUAUUUGCACAAGUGGACUGAAACAUCAUAUUUAUAAGAUAUUAAUCUAUUUUAAGUUCAAUAAAUUGUGUAAAAGCUUUCUAAUUUAAAUAUAUUACAGAUGGGUUCUCUGUGAAAAUGUGGUGCCUUCAGAAAUGUAGCUACAGUCCCUUCAUCUGCAGCUGUUUAUUUCAUGCAUUGUGCUUAAAAUAAUAUUUUUAUUUUACCCAUUUUUUUCAAAAGGAUCAGCUUUUGGUUAGGGAAAUUAUAUUCCCUGUUUCCGUGGUACUUGAAAGUUUGAAUUUCCAGUUUUCGAAACAAAAGAAAUGCUCUGGACUCCCGUAUGAAGUUUGAACUUCUAAUUGGAAAGUGAGAGGUUUGGCUGUUCUGCAUGUCAGAUGUAGUGACACAUCCAGAAAUAAUCAGUUUAUUUGCUUUUCUGUUAAAUCAGUCCUUCACAUAGUACAGUAUAAGAUCUAUUUUGGACUUAUGAUGAGUGCUGCAUGGUGGAACAGUUGUUUGUGAUAUUGCCCUGCAGUAAGAAGCUUCAUGUUUGCAUGUUAAUCUUGAGCAUACUUGGGCUUUUUCCAGGUACUCCUGCUUUCCCCAUUCUCCAAAAAUAUGCAUGUUAUGUGUAAAUGCCUACCUUAACUUGCCUUGGGAUUGAGCAUGUGUGUACAUUAUGGUUUCUGUCUCUGUUUUGCCACUGGAAUAGACUGGUGACCAGUCCAGAUUGUACUACACAUCCCCUUAGGAUCCUCCACAGAAAAUGGUGUAGAGAAUGAAUGGAAGGAUGAUCAUUCAGUGUAUAAAUGCAAACAUUUUACAGAAUAUUUUUUGAAGUUUUGUGAAAUGUUAUUGGCAGGUAGUAUUUAACCAGGGUUGUUAGUAAACUCCACUGGUUUUCUGCCUUACAACAGGAACAAUGCUACAUUUAAAAUUGGAACCUUUGUUUGGGAAUUAUGUAACACCUGACUUAAUCUUGUUUUAGGAAGCUGACAAACAGGUGAUGUUUUGCUUCUAAGCGGUCCUACAAGUCUGUUGUUGUAUGCAUUUAAACAAAAACGAAAUAUGCAAAUUAAUGCCACACAGUGCUGUGUAUGCCAUAGGUCAAUGAGAUCCAAACCAUCAGAAAUUAAAACAUACAGUUUAUUCCUGCAAUUCAUACCAUGUCAAUAUGCAGAGCAGCCACAUUGACUCCGAUUUCUUACUCCCCAAUUGAAAGUUAUGACUUCAGAGGGUCCUGUAUUUGAUAUUUAAUUUUUCUAACUUGUGACUUGGUAGUUCUGAUUUCCUAGUUUGGGUGGAAUUGCAUGUGACGUAAUUCCAGGUCCUGAUUUCAUAGGUAGUUGAAACACCAAUUUUUGCUAAUCCAUUCAGCGACUGAGCAGGUACACAAUGAGCACACAGUGAAUGUAUAAGAAGCUUUGUUUCUUCAUUAUACUACAAGAGUAUAGAAUGUGCACUUUCUAGUUAUUUUACAAAGCACUUUGAACGUUUGGGUGUGUUUUAUUAUUUUACAAGUUAAUGUGAAUCACACAGCCUAAGUUGUGAAAUGUUUUAAGUGUAAUGGAAGCAGCAUUUGAAGAGUUACCUAAAUUAGCCUGUCUAAUGUACAACCUGUAAUUUUGUUCUUUGAGUUUUGCACAAAAGUAAAAUGGCCUAUAUAAUAGAUCUAUUAGAUCUAUUAUUGCUAUAUAAUAGAUCAAAUGCUGCAGUGUCCCAGUAUUUUUGUAGAAUCAGAUGCCGUGUCAUACAAGAGGCUUUGCGAUGUCAGGAGGGCCUGUGUUUUUAACUAGUAACAUUUUAUUUGUUAACAUCAAUAUUAAUAAUGUUCCAUGGUACUGUUUCUCCUCACUUUUCUUCUUCACUGCUUCCAUGUCCUAUUAAUAGUCUCCACAGUGGCUCGUGUUAUUCACCCUGCCUCCACUGCCACCAAAUGUAACUUAAGCCCAAAGCACCAUCACUUUCAUAGCAUCUUUUGAACUUCAGAAGAAACUGUUUGGUUGACAUUUACUUCUCACAAUACAGCUCAACACAUUUUAAUACUUUGUGGUAACUGCAUGAUACUCUGUGAUGCUAUCAUUGUUUUUAAAAAAAACAACUAAAUGGGCAAAAAUGAAAUCAUCAAAUGUGAUUUUUUUUUCUGUUUUAAGAAUGGCAAUUCCCUAUUUUAUUUUGUAAUUUAGAGUGACCUCAGGCACAGAGCACUUCCAAAUAAAACACAAUUGUUUUGUUGAACAAAUAAAAGAAACUGAUGCAACUGCAA